AUGAAGCUCCUGUCCGCCGUGUCCACCGCUUUCGCACUCAUCGCUGCCUCCGUCAAUGGCACACCCAUGUUACGCCAAGAAGCAGAAGGCAGCAGUAGCUGCACACUUACUGGUACAUACAAGUCCGGCACCGACAUCUCGUCCUGCAGCACCGUCACCAUCAGUUCGCUGUCCGUGCCGGCUGGCGUCACGCUGGACUUGAGCAAGGCCAAGACCGGAGCCACCAUCGAAUUCACCGGUACCACCACCUUCGGUACGGCUAAAUGGGAUGGCCCACUAGUGCUACUCACCGGUAGCAGCCUUACCGUCAAGGGGUCUGGCACACUUGACGGGCAAGGCUCUUGGUACUGGAAACAGGGCACGUCCAUCAGUCGCCCGGUCUUCUUCCGCAUGAACAAGGUCCUCUCCUCAACAGUGUCGGGUUUCACACUCAAGAACAUGCCGUAUCGCACUUUUAGUAUCCUCAACUCACAGAAGACAACCAUCAGUGGGCUCACGCUUGAUGCCAGCGCCGGUGAUGAUUUGGCCAAGAACACGGACGGAUUCGACUUGAGCGGCAACGACUACGUGACCAUCACCGGUAACAAGAUCUACAACCAGGACGAUUGCCUCGCCAUGCAGUCCAGCACCAACACGGUCUUCAGUAACAACUACUGCAGCGGCGGCCACGGCAUUUCGAUCGGUUCCCUCGGUGGUUCGACUGUUAGUUCGUCCGAUACGGUCUCAGGUCUGACUGUGAGCGGUAACAGUAUCGUCAACAGCGUCAACGGCAUCCGUAUCAAGACAAUCAUCGGUCUCAAGGGCCUCGUCUCCAACGUGAAGUACAGCAACAACAAGCUGUCGAAUGUGGAAAACGCCAUCGUGUUCCACUCAGACUACAGCAAGUCCGAGGGCGGAUACACUGGAUCCCCCACCAGUGCAGUUACUAUCGAGGAUAUUACCGUUUCGGGUUUGUCCGGUACGGCCACCAACUUGUACGACAUUGUGGUGAACUCAAAGGUGGUGUCGGACUGGUCGUUCUCCGGCAUUACGGUCAGCGCGUCCAAGACGGGCACGUGCAGUGGCCAGCCCAGCAGCAUUGACUGCUAA